UGUACUGUUGUUGUGCUGACGGACGCGGAGAGCAGCUGUCAGUCAGUAAACGUUAAAGACAAAAAGUAAACUCAUGGCUCCGGUAUCAAACCCAGACAAAGACAUGGACGGUCCGGAUGGCGACGAUGGAGGUGAUGCCUGCGGUCUGGCGAGGUCUCGCUCCAGACGGGAGAAGAGGGAGAAGGUGGGAAGGAAGUCUGCACUGGAACAGCUCAAGAAAGCCAAGAUGGGGGAGAAGGUCAAAUAUGAAGUGGAGGAGUUUACAAGUGUGUAUGAGGAGGUGGACGAGGAGCAGUACUCGAAGAUGGUACGAGAACGACAAGAGGAUGACUGGAUUAUUGAUGAUGAUGGAACAGGAUAUGUGGAGGAUGGACGAGAAAUCUUUGAUGACGACUUGGAUGAUGAUGUAGUAGAAAACAACAAAGGAAAACCAAGCGCCAGAGGAGCAGACUCAAAGAAAACUGCGAAGAAAUCUGUGGUGGCCAAACCCAACACCAUUAAGAGCCUCUUUAUGAACAGUAAUGUCAAGAGGCCUGCUGAGAAAGACGUGGACCUGUCCAAAGAUGACUUAUUAGGAGAUAUCUUACAGGACCUGCACUCUGAGAAACCUUCCCCUUUGGCUCCUCCGCCAGUGGUCACUCUGAAGAAAAAGAAGUCUCUUGGAUCACCCAUGAAUCCCUUCUCUAUCAAACCUCCAAAGGAGUCACCCUCGGCUACGGGGUUAAAGGCCAAAGUGAUCCGCCCGCCGCCUCCUGACCUGACACCCAAGCCAUCAGCCCGUCCUCCUCCAUCCAAACCUGCUCUUCCUAUGGAGAGGCAGAGGGCAAAAGUGGAGGAGCUGGAUGAAGAGGAAGUGAAUGAAGCUCUGGCGUUUGACGGUGUGGACUUUGAUGAGCCAAUGGAGGUUGGACUUGAGGAGGAGAAGCCUGCAGUCACAGAGAAUACUGAGCCUGAAUCUAAAGUAGCAGCAGUGACUGCAGUUAAAGUGGAGCCCAAAGCGGAGCCAGAGGAUCCUGCCCUCUUGCCCAGCAGAAUCGGAAGCUCCUGGGGACAAGAGGAGGAGGGCGAAGCCAGUGAGGCUCCAGUAGAGGUACAGGUCGACUCCAGCCAACUCCCACUAUUGGAGGGAGCAGAUGGGGAGCAGGUUUUCCGCUUCUAUUGGUUGGAUGCCUUUGAAGACCCGUAUACCCAGCCAGGUGUGGUGUACCUGUUCGGAAAAGUGUGGAUUGAGUCUGCAAAGUCUCAUGUCAGCUGCUGCGUUACUGUGAAGAACAUUGAGCGGACCAUGUACUUCCUGCCUCGUGAAUAUAAAGUGAACCCCAAGACUGGGGAGGUGUCAGAAACUCCUGUUGGGAUGAUGGAUGUUUACCAAGAGUUCAAUGAGAUCUCUGAGAAGUUCAGGAUCAUGAAGUUCAAGUCUAAGAAAGUGGAGAAGAACUAUUCUUUUGAAAUCCCUGAUGUGCCCAGUCAGUGCGAGUAUCUGGAAGUGAGAUAUUCUGCUGAGUUCCCUGGGCUGCCUUCUGACCUUAAGGGGGCGACCUUUUCCCACAUUUUUGGUACCAACAUCUCCAGUCUGGAGCACUUCCUCCUCAGCAGGAAGAUCAAAGGGCCUUGCUGGCUUGACAUCAAGACACCACAGCUGAUCGGCCAGCCGGUGAGCUGGUGUAAGGUGGAGGCUCUGGCCCUGAGGAGUGACCUGGUCACUGUGGUUAAAGACCUGUCGCCUCCACCCAUCACUGUCAUGUCCAUCAGCCUCAAGACUAUCCAGAACCCCAAGACACACCACAACGAGAUUGUGUCUCUGGCUGCUCUUGUCCACUGUCAAUUCUAUAUGGAUAAAGCUCCACCUCAACCUCCCUACCAGGCCCACUUCUGCGUGGUCAGUAAACCAGUUGACUGUAUUUUCCCGUACGACUUCAAAGAGGCUGUGAGGAAGAAGAAUGGGAAGGUAGAGAUAGCUGCUACAGAGCGGACUCUACUCGGCUUCUUCUUGGCCAAGAUGCACAAGAUCGACCCUGAUGUGCUGGUGGGUCACGACAUCUUUGGUUUUGACCUGGAAGUGCUUCUGCAGAGGAUCAACGCCUGCAAGGUCCCACAUUGGUCUAAGAUUGGACGCCUCAGGAGGGCCAAUAUGCCCAAAUUAGGGGGUCGCGGUUCCUUUGCAGAGAAGAGUGCAACCUGUGGCCGUCUGGUGUGCGAUGUGGAGAUCUCAGCCAAGGAGCUGAUUCGCUGUAAAAGUUAUCACCUGACUGAGCUGGCUGUACAGGUGCUGAAGACGGAGAGAGUCACAGUCCCGCAGGAAGAAAUAAAAAAUCUGUACAGUGACUCUCCUCACCUGCUCUACCUGUUGGAGUUGACAUGGACAGAUGCCAAGCUGAUCCUCCAGAUCAUGUGUGAGCUCAACGUGUUGCCACUGGCCCUGCAGAUCACCAACAUCGCUGGCAACGUCAUGUCUCGAACUCUGAUGGGCGGUCGCUCUGAGAGGAAUGAGUUCCUGUUGCUUCAUGCCUUCCAUGAGAAAAAUUACAUCGUCCCAGACAAACCCUCUUUCAAAAAGGCCCAGCUGGAUACGGCUGAGGGAGAUGAAGAUGUGGAUGCAGGGAAAGGCAAGCGGAAGAAGAAGGCAGCCUAUGCUGGAGGUCUGGUGCUGGAUCCUAAAGUUGGUUUCUAUGAUAAGUUUGUGCUGCUGCUUGACUUCAACAGCCUGUAUCCAUCAAUUAUCCAGGAGUUCAACAUCUGCUUCACCACUGUACAGAGGGAGGCUCACAACAAACAGAAGAAGAAUGAGGAGGACGAGCCGGAGGAGAUUCCUGAGAUUCCAGAUUCUGACCUGGAAAUGGGAAUCCUGCCAAAGGAAAUCAGGAAGCUCGUCGAGCGGCGUAAACAGGUCAAACAGCUGAUGAAGCAGCAAGACAUCAACACGGACCUUUACAUGCAGUAUGACAUCCGUCAGAAGGCUCUGAAGCUGACUGCUAACAGUAUGUACGGCUGCCUGGGAUUCAGCUACAGUCGAUUCUAUGCCAAGCCGCUUGCUGCUCUGGUCACACACAAGGGUAGAGAGAUUCUGAUGCACACGAAGGACAUGGUUCAGAAGAUGAAUUUGGAAGUCAUCUACGGAGAUACAGACUCCAUUAUGAUCAACACCAACAGCAGGUCUCUGGAGGAGGUCUACAAACUUGGCAAUAAGGUGAAGGCAGAAGUAAACAAGCUUUACAAACUGCUGGAGAUUGACAUCGACGGUGUGUUUAAGUCACUUUUAUUGCUGAAGAAGAAGAAAUAUGCAGCCUUGGUUGUGGAGAAUCAUGGCGACGGACAGUACAGCGUCAAGCAGGAGCUCAAAGGCUUGGAUAUUGUCCGCAGAGAUUGGUGUGACCUAGCCAAGGAAUGUGGCAACUAUGUGAUUGGUCAGAUCUUGUCAGACCAGAGUCGUGAUGUCAUUGUAGAGAACAUCCAGAAACACCUAGUGGAGGUGGGAGAGAAGGUAGCAAGUGGAGCCAUACCUCUCAACCAGUAUGAGAUAAACAAGGCAUUAACUAAGGAUCCUCAGGACUAUCCAGACAAGAAGAGCCUCCCUCAUGUCCAUGUGGCUCUGUGGAUCAACUCUCAGGGCGGUCGGCGGGUUAAAGCUGGAGAUACAGUGUCUUACAUCAUCUGUAAGGAUGGCUCUACAUUGGCAGCCAGUCAGAGAGCCUAUGCUUUAGAGCAGCUCCAGAAGCAGGAGGGUCUCAGUCUGGACACUCAGUACUACCUGGCCCAGCAGAUCCACCCUGUGGUGUCUCGAAUCUGUGAUCCCAUUGAGGGCAUCGACACCGUGCUCAUAGCCACGUGGCUGGGUCUGGACCCCAGCCAGUUCCGGUCUCAGCAGCAGUACCAGAGAGAGGAGGAGGCUGACGGCAUGCUGGGAGCUCCGGUCCAACUGACUGAUGAGGAGCGCUACAAAGACUGUGAGAGGUUCACUUUCACCUGUCCUCAAUGUGGCACUAACAACAUCUACGACAGCGUCUUUGAAGGAGCUGGUUCAAAGUUGGAGCCCAGCUUAAUGCGAUGUUGUCACAUCCCGUGUGGGAGCCGCCCCCUCGACUACGCUGUGAACAUCAGCAACAAACUCCUACUUGAGAUCCGUCGCCACAUCAAAAAAUACUACUCUGGCUGGUUGGUGUGUGAGGACCAGGCCUGUCAGAACAGGACCAGACGUUUGCCCAUCGCCUUCUCCCGCCACGGACCUAUCUGCCCUUCCUGCACCAGGGCGACUCUCAGACCUGAGUACUCCGAGAAGGCCCUGUACAACCAGCUCUGCUUCUAUAGGUUCAUCUUUGACUGGGACUACGCUAUCGCCAAAGUACUACAGGGUGAUGAGAAAAGUUAUGUAAACGGGUUGUCCAAGACAAGGGAGGUGUAUCAGAAGCUGAAGGAAGUGCCGGACAAAGCCUUGGCCACCAGUGGCUACUCGGAGAUUAACCUGGCCAAACUCUUCCAGGCCUUCUCCUCCCUCAAGUAAAAUAACACACACACGUCUGAGAAGGCACCCCCACUAAGAGGCUUCAACGUCAGACUCAAAGCUGGAGAUUUGAAAAUUCAACCACAUCUUUUCCUGUUUUUGGUUUCUGAACAUAGCAGCGUGGAUGAUUUCGGACUUUGACCUCCUGACCUCCUUAUCACCCUCCCUAAACCUAAUGGACUCAUCUUAAAAUCCAGUCACUUCUUUCUCCUCCUCCAGUUUCUUCACAUAGACACUCUGUUCUCUCACACACACACACACACACACACACACACCCUCUUAAGGCGUGACCCCAUCACCCUGACUCUGUAUGGUAAAGGGGAGUAGCAAUCAUACCUAAAUGACAGUCUAUUGUGUGUGUAUGGAGGCUAGCUGUGCUCAGAUGUGUGUGUGUGUAUGUGAGUGUGUGUAAAAAUGACUUAUCUUCAGAGCAGCCAGCAUACUCCAAAAGCUAAUUAGCCAAUGAUAGUGACCCCAGCCACUAAGACCACUGGAUGCCUGCAGCGAUCGGACACUUGUUCUGAUUACCACCAUUCAUCCCGAGUGUGUGUGUGUGUGUGUGUGUGUGUGUGUGUGUGUGUGUGUGUGUGUG